AUGGACCAGGACCAGGACCAGUCUCCUCUCUCUCACCCUCCCCAAGAAACCACCGCAAAAACCACCACCACCACCACCACCUCUCCUGAUCAGGACACCAAAAGCUCUGAAUCUGAAAGCGUAAUUAUUAGCCCCAAUACUAACCCUCCAGGCAGCAGCUGCACCACAACAACAAGCAGGAAAUGUAAAGGCAAAGGUGGCCCUGAUAACAACAAGUUUAGAUAUAGAGGCGUGAGGCAAAGGAGCUGGGGUAAAUGGGUUGCUGAGAUCCGGGAACCUCGUAAACGUACGAGGAAGUGGCUUGGAACUUUCGCCACAGCAGAGGAUGCAGCUCGGGCCUAUGAUCGAGCGGCUAUUAUUCUUUAUGGUUCCAAGGCUCAGCUCAAUCUCCAACCCUCGGUCUCCUCAUCGUCUUCUUCUUCUGCCUCAUCCUCUCGUGGCGGUUCAUCUUCUUCCUCGUCUACUCAAACUUUAAGGCCCUUGCUUCCUCGCCCUUCAGGCUUUGCUUUUAGUUUUGCUUCUUCUUCAAAUCCGGUUACUCAUCCAGCUUCUUUGAUCGCUGGGGGUUCUUCAUCAAAAUUUAUGCCAUAUGGGGUUUAUCCAAACCUUUUAGGCCCGGCCGCACUUUACCCAAACAUAGUACAAAAUCCCCAGCAAGCCUUGCAAAUAGUGCAACAAACCGAACCUAGCCUUGUUGUUAACCCUGGUGACCCCACUGGAACAUUAACCUCGUAUACAAAUCCUAACCCUCAACAAACACAGCAGCAUCAUCAAGGUUCUUUGUACGAGGAUAUCAAUUCCCUGGUGGGCUCGGUGGGUUCGAGUCUGUCUUUGUCAGCUCAGACUUCGGUUGCACCAGCGGUUCCGGAUCCGGGUUUAACAGUUGGCCCUGGUUCUCCAUCCGUUUGGCCUUUGACAAACGAUGAUGAUUACCCCCCAGCUUGUAUUUGGGAUUAUGGGGAUCCUAAUUUCUUUUUUGAUUUCUGAGGGUCAUAUUCAAAGUUUCUUCGGGUUUCCCUUGCACUGUCCUGCAGCUUUUGCAUGCAAGCUUUUCAAGGGUUUUCUUCCUGGAGACUCUUAGCUGCUGAGCUUCAGGGUUUGAUUUUCCUUAGUUUCAGUGGAGAAUUUUGAUGGGAUCUUCAGGAAAUCAAUAUUAAGCUUGAAUCUGGAAAUACCAUUUAUAGAUAUAGAUUUGAGAGACCCUUGAAAGACGAAGAACAGACAGGAGAUUUGAAGUGUUUUUUAGCAGAUAUUCCUAGGGCUCCUGGCUAUAUAUCUACAGUCAUCAAAGAGCAAGACAGAGAUGGUUUUCUAUAAAUAGUUGCAUGUCUUGUCUCUACACUUCCUUGAUAAGAUCAGAUGAAAACUUUGAGAGAUUCCAAGGUAUGGCUACUUGAUCUAAGGCAAGGCCAGUAUUUAUAAUUAAUUUUUUUUUCCUUUGUGAAGUUUGCU